AUGGCGACACAACACAAUACGGGUCUGACUGAAGAGAAGAUGGCAUCGCACGGCGACAACUCGAGCGGAAGCCGCGAUCAUGACUUUGUCGACAAGCUCGAGCACAUGGAGCCCGGGUAUGGUCACCACGAUGGAGCAGGCCUCGAGCGAAAGUACACUGAAGCCGACGACCCGAACAUUCACCAAUCGAUGAACCUCCGAUUGUUCCUAGGAUUGCUGGCCAUGUCUUUCUGCUGGGUCGGUUCGCAGAUCCCUCUCUACCUCUUCGGCAGUGUACUUCCCGACAUCUACAGUGAAAUCGGAGGUGCCAACGGACGAUAUAUCUGGCUGGUUGUCGGAUACCUGAUUCCUGUCUCUGCCAUCUGUCCAUUCGUCGGUGCGCUCUCCGAUAUCUUCGGCCGAAAAGCAGUCGCUUCAUUCGGUCAGGUUCUGCUGGUCAUUGGACCCAUCGUGGUUUGCACCGCGCACCACAUCAACGUUGCCAUCGGCGGAAUGGUCAUCGCUGGUCUCGGUGCUGGUCUCAACGAAUUGAUCGCACUUGCUGGAACAUCCGAGAUGGUGCCGGUGAGAAAGCGAGCUGCGUACGUUGGAUUCGUCGUCUUCACGAUCCUGCCUUUCUGCCCUUCACCUCUGUGGGCACAGCUCAUUGCGGCUCGCGGUGGUUGGAGAUGGAACGGUGCUCUUGUCGGCAUCUUCAACUUCGUCGGUCUCAUCCUGGUGGCAGUGACAUACAGAGAUCCUGUCCGUGAGCGACCACCGGUCAAGUUGGUUCUGAAGCAGAUCGACUACAUUGGUGGAAUUCUGAGCACUGCUGGUGUCACACUCUUCAUGAUGGGUCUGCAGUGGGGAGCACGUCAGUACACCUGGGGAAGUGCACACGUCCUGGUGCCUCUCAUCAUGGGACUGAUCCUGAUCAUCGCCUUUUUCGUCUGGGAGUUCUUCGCCCCAUACCCAAUGUGCCCGCGAGCUCUCUUCUCCAAGGACAAGCGCAGCAUGAUCCUCAUUUUGCUGAUCACAUUCUUUAGCGGUGGCAACUUCUUCGUGCUGCUGCUUUUCUGGCCAACACAGGUCUACAACAUGUACGGCAACGACCCACUCCAGAUUGGUAUCAGGACACUGCCAAUCGGCUUCGGUAUCAUCUUCGGUGCCGCAUUCGCCCUGUUCCUCAUUGGUCUGACCAAGGGACGGACAACCAUUCUCAUGAUCUUCUGGACCCUCGCCAUGACCGGCUUCACCGGUGCCAUGUCUGCGGCCAGAACUUACAACCUCACACCAACCGUCUACCCGAUCCUGACGCUAGCCUCCAUCUCUGUCGGUGCGGUCAUCAUUCCCUGCUCCAUCAUCGCACAAGUCAUGUGCCCACAAGAGCUCAUCGGAACCGUCACGGCCAUCACCCUCUCGAUCCGUUACAUCGGUGGUGCCAUCGGUUUCACCGCCUACUACAACGUCUUCUUCCACGAGUACUUUGGUCUCGCCAACACGAUCGCCGCCCCACAAAUCACCGCUGCCGGCAUCACAUAUGACUACUACGAGCUCCUCAACCUCAUCACCCUCGCAUCCAAUGCACAGUACGAGCAAUUCCGAACAGCGCUGGAGUUCAGCCCAACUCUUCGUAUCGACCCAGAGGCGGCAUACAACAUCAUCAUUGCUGCGGUGCAGGAUGCUUUCGCGAUCGCAUACCAAUGGCCAUAUUGGAUCAGUAUCGCGUUCGGUGGUGUGUGCAUUGUUUGUUCGUUUGGCCUGAGGGAUAUCAAGAAGCACAUGGAGGAGUUUGAUGGUCCGGCAUAG